AUGUCUCGUUUCAAGGCAAUCGUAUUAGACCUGGGGAACGUUGUGUUCGAGUGGUCAACCCCAUCCCCCGAAGUCGGCGCGACCAUGCGGACUUUGAUGAAGUCGAGCACCUGGUUCCAGUUUGAGUGUGGCCUCAUCUCGACCGAGCAAUGCUACAGGGACCUCGGGGAGCAAUUUGAUCUUGAGUCAUCAGAGAUUCAAUCCAUUUUCCACCAAGCUUUCGGUACACUGCAGGUUAAUACUGCCUUGGUUGAUCUGAUCCGUGAUCUCAAGAAGAAGAACAAUCUGGCCGUCUACGCAAUGUCAAAUAUUUCUCGAGGACAUAUUGACGAACUUUCCUCGUCAUGGUCGCAAUAUUUGAACAUAUUUGAACAGAUAUUUUCCUCGGGUUAUGCUGGAAUGAGAAAGCCUGAUCUUCCAUUUUAUCAGCAUGUCUUUGACGAAAUCAAGCUCUCGCCGGAUCAGUUGCUCUUUGUCGACGACAAGCUCACUAAUUUGGAACCGGCGCAAGGUUUAGGCGUCCAUGGUAUUCGCUUCACUACGACCGCGGAAGUGUGCCAGUUGCUCGUUGAGCUUGUGGACCAUAGGGAGCCCUUGGUAUGA